UUGACCUAACAGGUGCUCGGAAAACGGAAACGAUCAGGCUUUGAGCUUGUUUAUUUUGAUUGUGUGUAUAUUUCCAAGUAUUCAUUUGGAAAUUUACUUGCCAAGUUCUGCAAUGUGUAGCUACACAGUCAAUGAGUAGAUAAAGACUUUGAAGAGAUCGUGACAAUCUUCAUUUUACGUUAAGGAGUGUGUGAAUGGCAGAAAAAUAAACACGAACAUGUCGGUAUACUAGUACUAGUACUGCUAGUACACGCAAAUACGCGGUGUCCAACGACCAUUCGACAUGGCUGAACAUGGCGCGCACAUCACGUCAGCUAGUGUGACUGAUCGACCAACGAUAUUUGAAGUUCUUGCUCAGGAGAGUCUGAUGGUGACCGUGAGACCUGCACUGAAACACGCAGUUAGGGUGGUUGCUGAAAAUCGUCCUGCAUUGUUUGGUUGGCUCCUGAGAAAUUAUGACGAAGGUUUCGCUUUCUUAGACUUCAUUGUUCAGCAUUACCACCUCCGGAAAUACAAUGGAUCUUUUGCUGAGAACUUCUAUGACUUGAAGCGUGUCCCAUCCGGAGACCCAUCUGAUAGAUUAUCUCGCAGACAUCACUGGCUUUCUGUCUUCUUACUGGUUGCAGUGCCUUACAUCAAGACUAAGCUAGACCAACUGUUUGAAGAUCUGCGACAUAAGUAUGGCACAGAUGGGAGAUCGGAGAUUAGAACACCCAGAGGACAGGUCAUCAGGGCAUUUCUGUCCAUGUAUCCAUACGCUCACAUGACCUGGGAGGGAACAUGCUUGGUGUACCAGGUGAGCUACAUGCUCGGGAAAGGGGCGUGGCACUCCCCCUUCCUACACCUGUCUGGCACUCGUCUGCGACACCUCGAUGAAUUUGACCUUGACAGGAGUGUGGGGACAGUCAACAGUAACUGGAGCAAGUCUAGUGUGUCUGGGAAACUAGGUCUGGCGUUGAAGAUGUGUGGAGGUAUGGCAGCAAUGGUGUUGUCGUCAGGACUGUCAGUCGGCAUGUUCUUCCUACAGUUCCUGGACUGGUGGUAUGCCAGUGACAGCAAGGCUGCCUCCCUCACUGCACUGCCCAUCCCCGACCCUCCACGGGGUGACCACAAUCUAGAUGGAAGAGGGUUGUCUCCCUUGGUUUGCCCGAUCUGUGGAAGAACCAGAACCAACGACACUGCCUUGUCCGUAUCAGGGUAUGUGUUUUGCUACCCAUGUAUCCUUGGUUACGUGAAACAACAUGGCCAGUGCCCAGUGACUCAGUUCCCCGCCACGCCCGACCACCUCAUAAAGAUCUUUGUGCAGGACUCCUAACACUGGGGUCUGUGUGAGUGAGAUGUGUGGUGUGUGUGUGAGACCAGCACUCACACCAGAGACGUGAUGUAAGUGAAUGAGAGGCAUGAGGUGUGCGAGUGAGAUCUGUGUCUGAGCAUGUGAGAUGUGUGUACACAGUGUCUGAGACCAGCAGUCAGUGUGAGACAUUUCAUGUUUGUGAGUGAGACAUGAGGUGUAUGUGAGACCAGCAGUCAGUGUGAGACAUUUCGUGUUUGUGAGUGAGACAUGCGAGAUCUGUGUAUGAGACAUGUGAGAUGUGUGUAGGACCAGCAGUUAGGGUGAGACAUUUCGUGUUUGUGAGUGAGACAUGCGAGAUCUGUGUAUGAGACAUGUGAGAUGUGUGUAGGACCAGCAGUUAGGGUGAGACAUUUCGUGUUUGUGAGUGAGACAUGCGAGAUCUGUGUAUGAGACAUGUGAGAUGUGUGUAGGACCAGCAGUUAGGGUGAGACAUUUCGUGUUUGUGAGUGAGACAUGAGGUGUAUGUGAGACCAACAGUCAGUGUGAGACAUUUGGUGUUUGUGAGUGAGACAUGCGAGAUCUGUGUAUGAGACAUGAGGUGUGUGUGAGACCAGCAGUUAGUGUGAGACAAUUGGUGUUUGUGAGUGAGACAUGUGAGAUCUGUGUAUGAGACAUGUGAGGUGUGUGUUGGACCAGCAGUCGGUAUGGGUGAGACUAACCAAGUGGGAGAUGGGUGCAGGUGAAUUACCAACCCUGCAGGAAGUUUAGGACCACAAGUGGACUGUAUCAACAAUCUUACUUACUCCAGUGAACUUGAAACAAGGAAUGUUUGUGUACAUCUUUACUCAGGCAAAUUUGUUCUCAAGACAGCUUGUGUAAAACCAAACACUCUAGAUGAGAGAUGGAGCUGAUGUAUAUGAGACGUGCAAAAUAAUACAUCUUGAAAAACUCUUUCGGUUAGAACAUUUUGACAAAGAUUGGUGGAUUGCACGAAACAAACCUUUUUUUAGUUGCCUAUCUUGCUCAAUGGUCAAGAUAAGUUUGGUGAAAGGGUUAAGAACUUUGAAGCAUGUGAUUGGUUAAUGUAUGUGUUGUUUUGUUUGUUGUUAUGGCAUUUCUUAAUCGUGACUAUUAAACUGACUUGUUAUCGAUAGAA